AUGGCCGAAUACUUUCCUGCUCCACCACACUGGUCGCCUUAUGAGAAGCCGCCAUCCUUCACUGCCUCCAGACCUCGCACGCCAGGUCAACAAUCAUCCUCCGCCAGUGUACGCAGCAAGAAGAGCUUCCGCGAAAGGACUUCAUUCUUUUUCAAUCGGUCAAAGUCAAAUGCGACACCCGGGCGACGAGAAGUGGCGGAGGAAGAUGAAGUGCCUGUUCCCAUGCGCCCAAACACAUCACAGACUACACAAUCUACAAGACGGGUCGCUGAGCCAUUGGAUACGAUCCGGCAUUCUAUAUUGGGCAGCAAGAGGAGAAACCAGUCAGUUGCGUCAAUAGCAAGAUCCGACUCGAAUGCUUCCUUCUCAUCUGCACGAAAUGAUUCGGUAUCUUCAAUUGGCCGCGAGACCUUUCAAAAGGAAGAUGAAUAUUACAGGCAUCUCCGCAAACAGAGCAUAUCGCCUCCAUUCCACUUUGAACAUGUGACACAUACCUCGAAAACAUCACUGCCACCGCUAGAGACAGUGGAUGAGCAGGAUCUGCCGCGCGAGUUCUGGUCUGUCUCUGCUCGCCAACGGCCGAAGAGACAUCUCAAUGGCAUUUCAGCGACCGAUAUCCCGAGACAAACUCACUCAUCUGGCUCCGACUCAUCGAGACCUGGAACUUCAAAAUCACGCCCUGUAUCGCCUCUUUCACCUUCAGAACUGGGCGACGAUCCGCCACACAUCAACACACCAGUCGAGCCAAUCGCAAGGCUGGACGAUACGAUCUUUGACGCGGUUGCUGCGACUAAUCAGAACACCCUCACCCGCUCACGCUCAGUACCACACUUCCCACGGCGCUAUUCGUCUUUGACGGCAAUGAAAGGCGAAGAUGGCACCACUCCACCGCAUAGGCAACUUACUACCUUCUAUGAGAGCGACUCUUCGAGCGUAUCUGGUGGGCGCGACAGUCCGGAGGACCAGCAAGAGGAACACCCAAACGGCACUGCUCCAGUCGCGCCAGUGUUGAUACCUCAUACCAUACCACGACCGAAGCAGGACGACAUUUUCUUCCGUUCAAAACAGCCACUGCCACCGAUACCAAGCCGACACUCAUCACGAAAUCUGAGUAAAGCUUCAUCCAGAUCCGGAGGAGGCUACUUGCCACCUGUAUCUCUCCAGAUCCCUUCCGAGCAUGCCUGGUCUCCAAAGUCCAAACAAUCUUCGAAACGGUCGUCAAAACGCUCAUCCAGAUCUUCUCGCUCGUUGCGCAAGUCGCCGUCUCAGUCGAGCUCUACCGGUGUCAGGCAGUCGACCAUUGUCUCUGACACAACAUGGGAGGAUGAUGUGGAUUACUGCUAUGAACAGGAGGCAGAAUCUACUUGUAACUUCAACUGGGGUACAAACGCGGGAGGCAGCGAGCACUACCUCCUGGAAGAUGACGAGUUGAACCUUGCCACCUCGCCGUACCACGCUCACUCGCCUACGAUCGCACACGAAGCCGGCCCUCAGAUCCGAGUGAGCAACAACAAAGAUACCAUCGCAGAGCGCCGCAUGUCAAGAAGGAUUGAAGAGCCAGCACGCGCACCCUCUUCCGUCGGCCACCGCGGCUUUCUCGCAGCGAGAAGGAGCUCCACAGAUCUGAGCAGACACAUCCCCACGCCUGUCCAGAUCACCCCGAGCUCCAGCACACCUGACCUCCUCUCACCUGUCUUGAGCGUGAAUGGCGAGGAGAAGCAAACCACUCCCAAGCCCUUGCACGACUCAGGCGUUGGCUCACUGAACGCUCCGAUUCUCAGCAGAGCCGACUCGCGGCGGACUAGUGCUGGCCCUCGCCACCAUAAAUCCAGCUCCCACGGCUCCAACGCCAGCAGUGCUCGCGCGUCGUCUCGCGGGAACCGAGAGUCGAAACGAUGGUCCAUCGCUUCGGGCGCAAGCAACUCCGAGCUGAACCACGGCGGUGCGAGGCAUAAAGUCGUGCUGUCGAAAACCAUCAUCUCCGCACCACUGGAGUCGCUGCCGCAGAGUCCGCCGUACGAGCGCGAUACAGAAGCAGGACAGGCGAAACACCAACCAAACCGGGACAGCUUCGUGAUGCGCCGCCCACAGGACCCGCAGGAGCAUGCCGUGUGGCAGGCCGCCGGACGGGCGGCGCAUCAGCGCGGGUCGUCGAGGCAGGGUAUGCACAGGCAUAGGGAAAGUCAGGUGAUUCAUGGGAGUGUUAGGAUGCAUGAUGGUGGGCUGGGGUGGAUAUGA